CCGAUAGCACUCGAAGGCGACAAAACAACCGUCAAAAGUAAGUUAACGUUAGCUGUCACGGCUAGACACUAGCUUCAGCUCGGAUACAAGAAACAGCGUCAGUGUCGUUCAAAGAAAUAUAUCACAAUGUCAGCAAUCGGUCCAGAAGGUUCUGGCACAGCGUCAGGGAACAAGCGCUUGCAGCAGACCCAGGCCCAGGUGGAUGAGGUGGUGGAUAUUAUGCGUGUUAAUGUGGACAAAGUGCUGGAACGUGACCAGAAGCUUUCUGAACUGGACGACAGAGCUGAUGCACUGCAGGCUGGAGCCUCGCAGUUCGAGACCAGUGCUGCUAAGCUGAAAAGGAAAUACUGGUGGAAGAACUGCAAGAUGUGGGCCAUCCUGAUAGCUGUCAUUGUGAUCAUCAUCAUCAUCAUUAUUAUUUGGAACUACUCCUAAAGCCACAACAACAGGCGGAGGAGUGGAGGAAACAAUGAAGAAGAAGAGAGGAGCAACAUACAUAAUUAAGUCUCAGAGGAAGACAAUGACGCGUGAUAACUGGCUACUGAGCUCCACAACAUUUUUCUCCCCGCAUGGAGUCUUCAUCCUAUGACCCGGUUUGCCGUGUGGACACACACACACGCCUGAGUAAAGGAUUGUCAUAAUAAUAGAAUUUUACCCUGCAUUCUACCAUAACAAAUAUCUUUAAACUUAUAUUAGUCAAUUGCCAAAGAAAACAGAAACAUGCAUUCAGAAACAGGUUGAUAAUUGAACUCAACCAAAACCUAUUUGGUGAAAUUAAGUGAAUUAUUUCAUAAUUUAUGACAAAUUAUAUAUACCCACGCCCUCACACUCACUUUCUACAACCUCAGAACUAGAAGUGAAGAAUGUUGUUUACUCUCCACAACUUGUAUUUACUAGCCUUUGAUUUUGUGUGCCACGCUAUGAGUGCCUUUCAGUAUAUGCUGUAAUUGUACCCCUGCAUAUCAUUGAAGAGAUCCACUUUUCUAAUGCAUACACAUUUGUACUUCUCAGAUGCCAAUAUUUACAUAUUUCUUCUCAUAAGAAGAAAAUGUAGUUUGAUGAACUAUGGUAGUGGCCAUUUGGUUGGCCUCUGGCAUUUCACCUUUCUUGUACCUCUCCCCCCAACAAUUUCACUCUUGCUACUGGUCUCCCUCAGGUCCUCAGCAAUACACCUGCCGUGACAAAGUUGUAUCUCCUUGGAAUACUGGGGAAUGCAACUUCAAGGAAUACACAUAAUUUGGCUGCAAAAGCUCAUUCAAGCAUAUACUGAGAGCAAACUUUACCCAGCAUGCAUUUCGGCAGCGUAACAGAUAAUAGGAGUUUGUCUCAAUACACUACACAGUGUUUACUAACGCACUCAGAGUGGCCCUAGAUCUCCAAAGCUCACAAUCGACCUUGCAAGGCCUAGAAAAAACACCAGCCAUGUGUGAAGUUGAUGGGGUGAACGGUGAAAGGUUACACAUACUUUCAUGCAUACUGACCUAGACUGCUUCUAUUUUAGUUAGAUUAAUGUUGGCUGGUAAGAUCUGGUGCCUUUUAUACAAAAUUGUUCUGUUCUAAUUAAUUUCUUUGUCUAAUAUGUUUUAUUUUGGAUUGAAUAAAGAGAGACUUCAUAGGUCACCUCAAAACCAAUAGGUUAACCAUUACCACAUUUUUGAACCACCUGAUCACACCUGUCCUUUUCUGUCUGCCUUCCUUGCAGGAUUUGAUUAUGAAAAGUGGCUAGUUAAGGUUAAAGUUAAGACCUACAGCUGCACAGCUAGGCAAAGUUAGAUAAACUGUUUGAAAAACUGCCAGAUGGGGUUAAAAGGGGCCAAUCAUCAGGUGCACUCAAUAAUAUGCCAGAAAGUCUUCUCAAUAUAUCCAAACCUGAAAAUAAAAUGUAGUGUAGUUAGACCGGUGCCUUUUAUAGGGUUAUUUAUCGUACAAACCAGCCAGUCUUCUGAACAGUUCAAUUUCUGUUCAUAUUUAGCUGAGCUUAUUAACCUUAAAUUAUUUGGUUACAUCACAUUGGCAUUUAUCCCAGCUGAUCAAAACAAAGUACUUAAUGUGUGAUAUUUUAUUUUUAAUAUUCUAACAAGUUUUGUUUUUAGUAGUUUGUCCCACUGCUGCUUGAGCGUAGAGAAAGCCUUUGUUGGGUGUCUGACAAUGUUACAUAACACACUGGAUGACUUUUGUCUCCAUCCAAUUGAAAUAAAUGUAUUGUAAGGACGUGAAACUAUUUGGAAUUAAUUUGUACAUGAAUUAACUUUGCCUGGAUUUUCAUUGAUGAAAACUGUUGAUGUUGCUUUCUUCAGUUGUUUUUUGGAAAUUGGCCUUUUGUGUGUGUGUGUGUAUGAAACUGAUAAAUACAAUGAUCCCUAUACACACCUUUAGGCAUAUGAGUAUAGCUAAACUGUAGCCAUUGAGGAAAUCAACAUUACAAAGAACACAUUUUUUAUCACAAUUGUGUGGAUUGUCAUCAUUCUCUCAUGUCUACUUCAAAAAGACCCAGUACGUAGACCCGUUGAGUGUGUGCUGAGCUAGUAUUAAGAAAUAAGUGCCCUAAAUGCCUUUUGCUUGAAUAAAACAAAUGUGAUUUAAUUCACAAAGCCUC